AUGUCGCUCCCCACAAGACACCGUGUUAAAUCAAUCGCCCUCAUGGGCUCGCUAUGGUUGGGCACGACGACGCUGGCCGCCACCCCACAGAUCCCCUUUCAGGCCUUCCCCGGCCGCCCGGCGUCGAUGCCGUUGCAGGAACCGGGCUCGGGCUCGGCUUCGACCGAUCGACCUUAUCGCGAGCUUCCCUGGGGCGACGUCAACAUCAUCUCCACGACCGACACCCACGGAUGGCUUUUGGGACACCAGAACCGGGAGCCCAAUUAUUCGGGCGACUGGGGCGACCUGUACUCGUUCACUCAACGACUCAGGCACCAGGCGCGAGCAAGGGGCGUCGAUCUCUUACUCGUCGACAGUGGUGAUAGGGUCGAUGGCAAUGGUCUGGUCGAUGCCGAACCGAUCGAGCAUGCCAAGGGGUCAGUAGUAGAUUUGAUGCGUCUGCCCCAAAGGCAACGUCGUGCUGAACUCGUCCAAACGUCCGGCCCCCACUUGUGUGCACCCGUUCGACAGCUACACCGCGAUGCAGUACUUCCAGAACAUGCCCUACGACGUCAUCACCACGGGAAAUCAUGAACUAUACCGCUAUCCCGUCGCUCGUUCCGUCCUCGAAAAUCUGGUCCAACACUAUGGCGAACGCUUCGUGGUCAGUGGUGCAUCCGCUUUGGUCCCCACGAUGACGCCCUGCUCCGCGCACGACCUGACCCAUCUUGUGAGUUUGCCCCACAGGCAUCGAACGUCGACAUCAGGGUUACCGACGAAUCUUCGGAGAAGCUUGUUCCGUACGGUCGUCGCUUCCGCAAAUUCCGCACCGAGAUGGGUCGCAACGUCACCGCCUUCGGACCCCUCUUUGACUUCAGGGCUCACGCCGCCGGGAUCCGAGUCCAAGCGCCUCGCGAGAUGAUCAAGGAACCGUGGUUCUUGGAGGCGGUCCGAGAAAAACCAUCGUUUUUCCUGCUCGUUGGUCACAUGUCGAUUCGUUCCGAGUUGGACUCGCAGUGGUCGCUCAUCGUCCGGGCGAUCCGAGCCGUGCAUUCCCGAACCCCUAUCUUGAUCUUUGGCGGGCACCACCACAUUCGGGACUGCGUAAUGGUGAGUAACGACGAGCACGUUUUCAAAAGGAUAUGAGAAUAGGCUCUUGAUUCAAUCUGCCCGUUGUUCCCCAUUGCAGGAGGACGAGCGGUCCAUGUCAAUAGCAGCUGGUCGCUACAUGGAGACGAUCGGGUGGAUGAGUGAGUCUGAACCCUCUCGAGCGCCGUCGAUGUCCGGAAACUGAGACCGUUAGUUCGUCGAUAGGCGUGAGUGGUAUCGAUGCAAAUAAUACUCUGACCUUUGAACGGCGUUUCUUGGAUCAGAAUCGUGCUACGGUGAGCACCCGCUGUGACCUUUACCGAGCUUUACGUCUCUUGCUCACCCGUCCGAGAGCUCUUCUUCGCCCCUCGCAGUACGAAUUUCACGCUGGCGAGAAGUUUGAUACGGCUAUGGGCCAAGCCAUCACCAAGAAUCUCUCCGAAGUAGCCAAGGGCUUCAACCUCACGCAUCGGUACGGCGUCGCACCUCAAUGUGAGUAGCCUGUCUUGGCGCAAGUCGAGAUCGCCGGAGUCAACUAGCAAGGACUGACACUUCUCCCUAUCACUACAGCUUACUACCUCUCGCGUCACCCCCACAACUCGCAGCAAUCAAUCCUGAACCUCCUGACUACACGAGUCCUGCCUCUGCUCGUUACGCGCCCCGAUCGACCGAAUCCUAGUUGGGUCGUGCUCAAUUCGGGCUCGGUGAGGUUCGACGUCUUCAAAGGGCCUUUUACUCGCAACGAUCAAUGGAUCAUCUUGCCCUUCAGUGAGUCCGGCAACCGUUUCUCUGUCUGACUUCCUAGAGCUGACGACAACGUGAUCCCCUACUUAGCCAAUUCGUUCCUCUUCGUACCCGGGGUCAAGCGCUCGGUCGCCCAAAAAAUGCUGGCCUAUCUCAACGUCGUCGGUGAACACAAACUGACGAGCUCGUCCGCCUCCGUCUCUGUACGCUCGACUGAGGAUAAUUACGUAGAGGAUCGCUGGGCUCAAGAGCGUGAAUCGCUCCAUCUCGAACACUUGCAUCGACGAGCCCUUCUCGAGGCUUCGAAUUUGAGCGCCUCAAUCCCUCCAAGCGAGUACGACGAUGCUUCCAGUCUUUCGCUCGGGUAUGUGACCCAAGAUGCAUGCGGUGGUCUAGGCGACGAUACCCUGCAUCGUCCCGUCCCUUCAGUCUGGCAACCCAUCUUUGUCGCGACCGAGUUCCCGCCCUCCGCCGCCGCGGAUCUGAUCGACGUCGUCUUUUUCGACUUUAUCCAACCGGACAUUUUGGGUGCUUUGAAUACACUACAAAACGAGAGAGAGUAUGCGAGUUCGGACGUCAAACUAUUCGUCGAAGAUCUGACGGCGAAUACGUUGAUGCAGGAGUACGCUAAGCGGGAAUGGAAUUAG